UACAAAUGUGAUUGGUUGGUAGUAAAUUAUGGGGGAAACCGUUUUACAAAGAGACUAUAAAAGAACGUAUAAAAAGUAAAAAAAAAUUUUUUAAUUCUUUAAAAUUUUAAAGUCUUAUUAUUUUGUGUUGUAAUGAGUGGUCAUGGGAAAGGAAGUAAAGGUUUGGGUAAAGGAGGUACAAGGCGUCAUCGCUUGCUUCGUGACAACAUUCAGGGAAUUACUAAAGGGGAUAUUCGUCGCUUAGCUCGUCGUGGUGGAGUUAAACGAAUUUCUGCAUUAAUUUAUGAGGAGGCUCGUGGCGUUCUUAAAAUUUUCCUCCAGAAUGUUAUACGCGAUGCUGUAACAUAUACCGAACAUGCCAAGAGACAAACAGUUUCAGUUAUGGAUGUCGUUUAUGCUUUGAAGCGACAAGGUCGCACAUUGUACGGUUUUGAAGGUUAAUAUAUUUUUUAACCCCAGAUACAAAAAUAAUGGAAAAAAUAAUGUGCACUGAAAUUUUUUAAUCUUUAAAAGAAUAUCAAUCGGCCCUUUUCAGGGCCAUGAAAAUUAUACGUCAGAAUCUUUUAAUGUUCAAAGAAUUCAAGUUAAUACACUCUUUCGACUUACUCAAUAAAAAAUGAA